GUGGAAGCGGGCGGUGCCGUUUUUCUACAUCCGGUGUGUUCGAACCUCACUCCAGCCAGCAGCGAGCGAAGGCGGACUCCUGAAGAAUAAUGGAGAGGGCUCCCACUCUGUUGCUAACAUGAAAUAUCAGCACCAACAAGUAACAGCGAGAGCCUUGAGUCAAGACUGGCUGUAACAUUGCGAAUUCGGCAGCAACACAUCUUACGGCGCGUGUCCUUUUCAUCUGGAUCCAUCGCAACCAAGGGUUUUGACCUUCUUCCCUCCGGUGAUCAAUGUUGAGGCCAGAGUGAGGACAGAAGAGUGUCCAAACCAGCUUUUGUCUCAUGAUUGUGUGUGCGACGUCCAGGCACUGCCAGUGACCAGGGCGGUGGCUGUGGUGGGCCCAGCCCAGGGGGGCUUUGUACACGUCACUCCAGGCCCUCGUUGAACUGUGCCGCUUACACCAUGGAACCACAGAGAGACAAAUAUGGCGAGCGGCCUGCCAGGAGUACUAAAGUUUCCCAGGGAAGUCGCAUUGGACACUCGUCCCGGCCGUCGGGCUCCUCAAGCUCCUCUGGGGUUCUCAUGGUGGGCCCAAAUUUUCGUGUAGGCAAGAAGAUUGGCUGUGGAAACUUUGGGGAAUUGAAGCUAGGUAAAAAUCUCUACACCAAUGAGUAUGUAGCUAUUAAACUGGAACCAGUAAAGUCAAGGGCACCACAGUUGCAUUUAGAGUACCGGUUUUACAAAACGCUGGGAACUACAGCUGAAGGUGUGCCCCAAGUCUUUUACUUUGGACCAUGUGGGAAAUACAAUGCCAUGGUUCUGGAGCUCUUGGGCCCGAGUCUGGAGGACCUAUUUGACUUAUGUGACAGGACCUUUUCAUUGAAGACUGUCCUAAUGAUCGCAAUCCAAUUGAUAUCUCGAAUGGAAUAUGUGCAUUCUAAAAACCUUAUCUAUAGAGAUGUAAAACCUGAAAAUUUUCUCAUUGGACGGCAAGGGAAUAAAAAGGAGCACAUUAUCCACAUUAUUGACUUCGGCUUGGCCAAAGAAUACAUCGACCCAGAGACCAAAAAACACAUUCCAUACCGGGAGCAUAAGAGCUUGACUGGCACUGCCCGCUACAUGUCUAUCAACACGCAUUUAGGCAAAGAGCAAAGCCGACGAGAUGACCUGGAAGCCUUAGGUCACAUGUUCAUGUAUUUCCUUCGUGGGAGUUUGCCAUGGCAAGGGCUCAAGGCUGACACACUGAAAGAGCGAUACCAAAAAAUUGGAGACACAAAACGAAACACUCCCAUUGAAGUCCUGUGUGAGAACUUCCCAGAGGAGAUGGCCACCUACCUGCGAUAUGUAAGACGGCUAGACUUCUUUGAAAAGCCGGACUAUGAAUAUUUGAGGACUUUAUUCACUGAAUUAUUUGAGCGCAAAGGAUACACCUUCGACUACACGUACGACUGGGUUGGCAGGCAGAUUCCCACGCCAGUGGGGUCCGUCCAUAUCGAUUCGGGGGCAUCUGCAGUCACAAGAGAGAGCCAUCCUCAUAGAGACCGGACCUCAGCACACCCACCAAUAAGAAAUCAGACAGCAGUCUCUGAUCGACGAGGAGCAUGGGAAGUGCAGCCCACUCGCCAAGCAAACUCCUCCUAUCUGACCUCCCACCUAGCAGCGGACAGGCACGGGGGCUCAGUGCAGGUGGUCAGCUCAACCAACGGGGAGCUGAACGCUGACGAUCCACUAGCAGCUCAUUCCAAUGCGCCGAUCACCGCCCAGGCAGAGGUGGAAGUGGUGGACGAAGCCAACUGCGUGAAAAUGCUCAACCUGUGGUGCUGCUGCUUCUUCAAACGAAAACGGAAGAAGAACACACCACGACACAAAUGAUGCUCUGCGAGCAGCCUGAAACGCUCCGGCUCAGUUGAUUGUUGCCGACAGAAAUCGGUGAAAUUCCAUUCAGAAUACGAGCGCAAGAAAAGGAGAGCUCUUGUUGGCAGCAUAUUCUGAAAGGACCAGUGAAUUGUUUUCUGGACUUUUUUUGUCAUUUGCUGGGAAUCAUGUUUUAAUUUUUCAUCCAGGAUGUGCGGGAUAACAUUUUGUUGGAACUUUUGCAAAGCAUAAUUUUGGUCAAGAUGCAUUUUUCUCCUUUCGGCAUCUCCCCCCUCCUUUACUUUAUGAUUGGUUGUUUCACUCGCUAAAUGGUAUUUUCAUUUCCACGCCGCUCUUUUUGAUGAUAAAUCCCGUUUUGGGUAUUCUUGAUGUGGGACUGAAUGUAAAGCAUGACACAUGAGGAGUCAAGAGCCUAAAUUGCUUGCAUUAGCUCCUGCACUUUCUGCCUCCAAAGAGACCAGAGGGCACAGGGGGAGAACACGCACACACACCGCCUGCCCUGUGCUCCCAGCGGAGAAUCGUUCCGGCUCCGAGGUCAAGUACCCCUCUCGACACACUACAACCCUCCAAAAAUCUUGUCCUGGUUUUUGAACACUCUGAGAGGCUGGAAGAAGAAACUAUUUAUGAUAUUUAUCUCUCCGUUGCCACCAGUUUUCUUACUAAUUCUCUCUCCCAACAUACACGCUGAAUGUAUAUGAACCGAAAAGUAAAAGACUUCGGAGCAUUUGUCAUUUGUCUGCGCACGGGUGAGACCAAAACUAACGUGGAGAGGCCACGUGAUGUUCUUGAGAUGGCAAAUGAUGGACUCUGCACCAGUAGUUGCUUUGGAGCUUCUCAACACUACUGUUCUCUGCCUUAACCCCAAACAACCACCUCACUUGACUUGUGUAAAGAACGCAUCCUGAUCUGAUGGUUGUUAGAUUAGCAGCAGUUGGAGGGGUUAAGAAAUGUAUUUCAAAAAAGAUGGCAAAAUGGGGCAAAAAAAGCCCAAAAUUGUGGACUGUGAGCGACUGAUGGAUUCCCGCCCGAUGCCCCCUGCACUGCAAAGCACUGCUCGAUGAUCCCGACCGACUGUUGUCAACUCGCAGAGCGAUUGUAUCCGCAUCAUUUGUGUUUUGACGUAGUGUCACGGAGGGCUGCCUUGAAACAAUAUCGUCAGUACGUCACCUUGCCUAUCCUCCGAACACAGUUUUUAUUUUUUUUUUAUUUCAUGUCUUGCUAAUGUGAACAUUUGUAAACUCAAUUGUUUGUUCAAUCCAAAUAGCCAUGAGUAAGGAAGUGGUAGCAACAUGUGAAAACAAAAAAGCUUGAGAUCAUGACUGCACUACUACAUUUGUUGACCCCAGCGUUCCUCCUUUGUUCAUUCUUAAAUCAUGUGUUUGACAUCAAGUGUGUGCCAGGCUUCCGUAGAGGUGCCGGCAAUACACCUUCAUUUGUCAACCCUCCCCCUUCUUUUUUUUUUUCUCCUCUUCUUCAUAGCAGUGUGCCAUGCCCCAUCCCCUCUCCACCUCUGCGUGUACGUACACAUAAAUCCACUCUCACUGGAGUCCUGGGUGCAGUUUUAAGCGGAGCUGCACCCACAUCUGUUGGAAUACAAUGUGGUAGAUGUUGGUAAUUAAUCUCACUGAAUUCAUAUAUGCUUGUUGCGUGUAUUUACACUGUAUAGCCUUUGGUUUGUUCUUAGCCCUCACCACUCACGUGAGGCCUAAGUGAUGUUAUUGAAAGUACUUGAAUAUGAGCAUCUACGGGACCUUUUCUAAUAGUUGGAAGUCUUAACCGAGGGGAAUGGGCUAUUUGAAUGACAGGUAUUCCUUCCUUUUGGGGACAUACUUGUGUCUGUUGACUGUGCUGAACAGCUGAUGUUCAGCUGGAAACAUUUUUGACCUCAGACUCCAAUGAUGCCACAGUGGCAUCAAGCAGGGCCUCGACAUUGGGCUUCUUGAGAAAAAUCGAACAUGGUUCCUGGUAGUGAGGUGGAUAUCCGGAUUAAAUAGCCUUUCAUGUUGCUUUGUUUCAUGUUUCCCCUGAAUUAUGGAUUCCCCUGGUGCCAUUCCUGAGACUACUACGACAAGUCCAUGCCUUUGACCUGUGCCAGGAACGUGGAUUUUAUUUUUUAAUCAUCUCAUUCCACCUUGUGUCCUUUGUUAAAAUGUUUCCACCAUCAUUUAAAAAAAAAAAAUCCCAGCGCCUGGUAGCUGAAUUCAGUUACCAGGAAGUGUUGAACAAGAUCUAAGAACAGUGUAGUCACAUGUCCACAGAGUUUUCUUUGCUCCUGCCUCUUCCUUCUAUUUCGGGUGUUACAGUCCUUGACGGCCUUUUUUAUCCUUUGCAUCUGUGGACCUCCUGCAGUGCAACUGUAUGGUUAGUACGCGCAUGGCUUAUCCAGGGAAGACGUGCUCCGUCUCCUGUGGAACACGUCUAUUGUCGGCUCUGUGAGACGUUAUGGCUUCCAGUCACCUAUAUGAACUUGGGAGGAAAAGACAUUCCAUUUACUUUCCGACCAAUUAAGUUGAGCUUAUCCUAGGUUUUGUUGCGUUGGACUUCAGGUUGUGCGUGACAUCCAGAGCUGUGGUGUCAAAGAUGUGUAAAACAACGCUAAGGAUGGUUCAAGUGGGUAUGAAUGGCUUACUUUUUGGGUUCUCUGGCACUUUUCCUCGUUGCUGUACUGUACAAUUGUCUUGGACUUACUGUAUUUUUCUUUGAAGAAGAGGGUGACAUUUACUGCAAUGUUGUGAUGCUUAUUUGAGAAUUGUAAAUUGUACAGACUUCGUAAUUGUAGUCUUGGUUCUUUCUGUUGGGAUUUCAUAUAAAGGCUGUAAUCGAUUAUUUUUUUCACCCUGCCUUCCAAACUGUGGAAAAUCUAGUUGUACAGCGCCAAGAGUUUAUUUUCCCCUCGACGCAAUCCUCCCCACACCCCCAGAACUAUUAUUAAGAGAAAUCUCAAAACUGUAAAUAAGUAUUAUUGUGUUGAAUUAUGAAUGUCACUUCAAAAAUUUACUUUGAGUUAGUCAAAGGGCUUCAAGAGUGAAGGACCCAAGUUUCCUAUUUUUAUUGUUUCCAAUUUUUAAUUUGUUGAAAAAGCUUAAGCUCCUUUCUUUCCUUUUUUUAUGAAUGAAAUGCCGGUUCUUUACUGGAAUCAUCUUAAACGAUUUGUCCCACAUGAAAAAAUCACUUUUUAUUCCCUCCAUGCCUAAAGGGAAGUCCAGUUUGCACCCUUUUUUAUGUAAAAUAAAACAUUUCUCCACCUUUU